AUGAUCGAAGCCAGCUUUUCGCCAUUCCACUUGCUCCCUGCGUUGCUUGCGAGGGACAGCUCGUUUGCAGCCUCGAUUGGAUCGCAGCCGCUUGUUCGCAGUUCUGCUCUGGAGCUAGUUGACGAAGGUUCGACCGGUUUGUUGGAUCGGCAUCUUGUUUGGCAUAGACUGUAUUAUCCGGACAUUCCCAACUUGAUUGAUCUACGGAAUGAAGUGGAAAGCCUUGAACGCGGCCGAGUAGAGCGACCAUCUGCCCUGUUCCUCCUUAACCUCCUCUACGACCUAGCGUUGGAUGUCCCAUCCGCUCAGCUCACAUCACACCGGACAUUGCAACCAGCCGUAAGGGCGCUGCUUUUCCAUACAGGCCAACAAGUACUAUUCUCGCUCUCGCGUACCAAUUGGACUGUCCUGGCUUUGGUUCUGGCAAGCCAGUAUCGACCACUGGUGUUUACUAGCAGUCAGACAGCAGCUGCUCCAGCUGUGAAAUCCGUCACAUGCUCCCUCCUCGCCAAGCAAGUCUGCGUCGAGCUGGGCUACGAUACCGCUGCGGCUCGCUUGACGGAAGCUCUACACAGAUUCGGGACUGAUGAUGAAGUUCUCAGAAAGCCUAUGUUCCAGUGUCUGCAUUGGAUACGGCUGAGUAUCGCUCACGAAACGAUAUCCAAUUCGCUGAUGCAACGAGCCUUCGAGUUCCAACAUGCUGAUGCAUCCGCACAGGAGGCAGUAGAGGCACUGGUUCUAGCAAUGGUACUUGGCCGCAUGCCGGUAGAGCUUAUACUACCACAUAGCACUAACUAUGGUCAAAUGCAAGUGCUGCACAUGCUGACUGAGCUAUCGGACAGUUGGAGAGACCUGAGACGGCUAGGUCAAAUCAUCAAUGCUCACGAAGCAUUCAUAAACCAAGAGCAGGCUGCGAUACAGAAUGCAUUGGAGGCUCAGUAUUGCUCGCCUGAGAUGGGUUACGCCGUGAUGCAUCUGGCAGCAGCGGAUUUGCGUCUCCAACACAACGUUCGUCUCUCGAUGCCGCUUAUGAGAUAUCUGCUAACGUCCGAACUUAUGAUGCAGGGAGUGAAGGGCUGUGCACUCUUCUUCGCAGUCAUGAACGGCGCCCACUCCGCCUCCCACCACUUGCCCAUCCAGGCCGACCAAGCAAUGGGCGUCAGCAACGACAUCAUCCAUCAACUCACGGCCCACACCGAAGACGACCCCGACCGACCUUGCCACCGCAAAUUCCUAGAACAGUACGGCCGCACGCGGAUCGACGAAUUGGAACUCGAUCUCGCCAACUUCGUCACUGCCGCUGACACUCUGACACUGAACGGGAUACCGUUCGUUGCUCCACUGCAUCAGUGGACGACGAGGAUGUUGUAUACGUGCAAGGAUAUCACUGAACAGCAGGCGGCGCGGUUGAAAGGAUGGGGCGGCCUCCACGACCGCAUAGACAUCCAAACGAUCCUCUUCCUCCAACUGGCCCGCAGCCUCGAGGCCAUGAGCGCCACGGCCGGCACUGCUGCUGCGAUGAGUCAGGGGUGCAUCCUCACGGCUACUGCGAAGCUGAUAAAGAGUUUGCAUGGGAUUUUGAUGGGGUUCAAGAUGACGGUGACGAUGAUGCAGAAACGGUCUCCGGGCGCAGGGACAGGUGUGGGAUUCAGCGGGAGUAGGAGUGGGAAGACGAGCGUAGUGCCCGCGACUACGACGAGUGUUGAAGUUGUGGGUGGGACGGGCGCGAGUGCAGAGAAGGGGGCAGAGUCGGUCAGCGAGGACCUAUUCGCGCAUUGGGAGAACUGGCCGCAGUUCGAUCCAGCAGAUUUCUCAGAUUUGUUCGGUGACGUUUUUGAUGCGCAGGCGCAGGAAGAACUAUAA